ACCAGUAGAACCAGAACCAUGACACCAUCUCCGGUCCUCCUCGUAGUCCUGCAGCUCUGCAGCCUCCAGCUGAUGGCGGUCGCCAUGCCGAGGUGUUGGUUGCCAGGAAAGGUGGUCCAGGGCGCCCACAACCUGCUCAGAGACAUGGGGCCGCGGUUUCCUGUCCAAUGCCUGGUCUACAAUGCCAACAUCUCCUUUCCAGACUCCGCCCUCCCCUCUUCCCCAGCCAAUCGCACUCAGUGUCGCCAGGUAUCGUGGGUAGUGUACGAGUCACUGCGGGAGGCGGGACUAUUGUUCGAGGAGUAUGACUUACCUGUGGGAGAGGGCGGAGUCAACUGGGAUGAGCAGAAGUUCGACAACUUCCUGAAUCUGCAGGACCGGCUGGUGGAGCAAGAUGGCCGCUGUCUGUCCCGUGUGAACUCUUCAGCUGAUUUGUCUUCGUACUUCAGUAAUGUGACAGCCGUCAUCCAGCAGCCGGACAGCGCAGCCUGUGGUUGGAUGGCUCUGAGAAGAGAUCUGCUCUGGGUCCUGAAGUCCGCGCUGCAGAGACAUCACAACUGCUUCGGGUGGAGCCAUGCCCACUGA